UAUAUAAAUUGUCUUAAUGCACUUAAAUCAUUAGCUAUUAAGUUUAAGGAAGUUGUCCUUAUGAUAUCUGCAUAACUAAUUUCAUAUCGCAUCACCUCUCAAUACAGUAAAGAUAUAUUUGCUUUGAGAAAAAAAGAUUUCGGACGACAUUAUGACAAAUGAAGAAUUGGCAAGACAAUUAAACGAUGAUUUUCGAGAAGCUGUUUUACCAGUGACCGUCUUUGUGGGAAUUGAGGUUGUAGUUGGGUUCUUUGGAAACUUGCUGGUGAUUUAUGUGUUCUUAUUUCGUUAUCAUGUCUGCAACUUCCGGUAUUUCGUGCUCUGUAUGGCGGUUGUGGACUUUACCAGCACUUUAACGACAAUGCCUGGAGAGAUGGUAACUCAAAUGUACUGGUAUAUAUACCCGUAUAGAUUAAUCUGUAAGAUCAAGUCUUUUUUCAACAUGUUCACUGUUGCAGCAGAAACAUUGUGUCUUCUCAUCAUCGCCAUAGAUCGCUACAGAAAAGUUUGUUCACCUUUUGGAUGGCAGAUACGACCAAAGAUGGCUUUAUUUUUGUGUGGUGUCGUUUACUUUGUGUCGUUUAUAAUUGCGUUGCCUGUUCCCUUCUUUUGGGGAAUACACACUGCUAAAUACGAAUACAAAAAUCAAACAGUAAAUGUAACGGUGUGUGAAAAAGACGAGGAAUACAAUAAGACAGACCAUCCGUUAAAAUACUCUUAUACAGUUCAAGGUAUGAUAUCAGUUUGCCUCAUUUCGAUAUUCGGUCUGUACAUACUCGUAGCACGAAAACUUAUCACUGGAAAAGGGGGUGUUGGUAAAAAAUCUGACGAUAAAGCUAUCACAAUUACUUCAAUUACGACCGGUGCUUCUUCGGAUGUCAUCAUAAAGAAAGACACCGAGCUAAGUUCAAGACAGGAAACUAGUGAUGUCGGAUAUUCUACAGCCGUUGGCAAUAAAUCAAAGAAAGCCAUGUUUAAUUAUGUCUCGUCAGAUGGAGGACUUACAACAGACGAGGAGGAAGACUCUUCAAGCCGGAUAACAACUCUAACCGUGCCCGGAGUAAGUUUUGCCAAUUCCAAAACUGACAAAAAACGCUCGAAUACUUCGCUACGACUGAAGCGAUCUGUUGGUUUCCGUGUGCGCAGGAAGACAAAGAUAAUGCUAAUAUUAACAAUUUUAUUUAUCAUAACUAUUAUCUUGUACUCGACACUUCUAUCGUUCAUUGCCAAAAACAUUUUGAAAGACAUGAGUGGUGGAUCGAAAACAGUUUAUUUCUUCUUUUUUCGACUGUACUUUAUAAAUCACGUUAUCAAUCCGAUCCUAUAUGGAAUUCUUGAUCCACAUUUUAAAAAAGUGAUGAUGAAGCUAAAAGACAGAAUAUGUAGUCGAAAGUGAUAGGAAAUUGUAUAUACAGUUGACUCUCGGUAACUCGAAAUCCAAGGUACUGGGUAUUUUACUUCGAGAGAAACGGAAUUCGAGUAACGUGGAUCUGCCGCCUUAACGUUGACAUUCGUACAUGAAAAUACAUGUGCCUGAUUGAAUGUGCAAAAAAGUAGGUUUAUUAUUGUUGGUAGCGGCAAUGCUACAAUUUUUAACCGUUGAAAUGACGGUAAAUAACUUACAACUACAAAUUAUAAAAAGAACUGACAGAAAGAAAUAUUAAUGCAAUUAGGUAUCACAUGGUGAACAUAAUUACUAUCUGUUAAUUUUUGGAAAAAAAUGAAUGUUUCCUAUAUGUUAAUUUAAGUAUGUUAAGCUAUAGAGCUGUUGCCUAUAGUUUUAUUAAAUUAUUCGUCCUACAAGAAACAAG